AACCACACCAACACCAACACCAACACCAACACCAACACCCAACUAACAAUGUUCACCAAGGUCCUCUUCGCUCUCGCUGCCUCUGUUGCUGCUUCUGCUACUGCUAUCAAGCGCGACGAGUCUCACUCUGUCAAACUCGUCAACAACUGUGGCUCUGGUAACGCCGUCUUCCUCUACGAGAACACCGGCCAGCAGGGCUCUACCACCGUCUCCGGUCCCCUUAAGGGCGGUGUUGCCUGGGUCGACGGCUUCUCCGGUGCCAACUGCCAGAGCUCCGGUGUCAACUGUGGUAUCGUCGAGUUCACUUUGAUCGACAGCAGCCACAAGGACGAGAACGGCAACUCGUACCAAAAUUCUGCCGACUACUCUCUUCUCAAGGGCUCUAACGGCAACCACCAGUUCACCUACAAUAUGGACUUUGCGCUUAGCUGCGACAACGGCAGCCCCGGUAAAUGUACCGGUGACUCUGCUGACGCUUGCCCUGGCGCCUACUUGGGCGAGGCUACUACUGGUGGCGCUCCCACUCAAUGUGUCGCCGACAGCACCGGCAUCACCAUCACUUUCUGCUAAGCGCCAUCAACGAGUCUUGGACGGCCUACUUUCUUCUAGUAUAGUCUCAUUGGCUCCAUAAGUGGUUCAGCGGUAGGAAAGAGAGUUAUCUAGUGUGCAAGAGAAGAUGAUUUGAAAGAUCAGAAGUGAGAAUGACUGACAGUUGGAAAGUGAAGCUGAAAUGAAUGCGUGCACGGUUAUAAUACUUCAAAUAUCUUUUCAUUGGCAAAUGACAGGCG